GGGUACGACUGCCACCAACUCACUUGAAGUAGCUGUUAAAGUCAUACAUCAUCAUGGCUGGAUCCACUGCAUCUCGUAAUCAGCGCAAGCGACCUCUCACGAUCCCAAAUGCUCUAGAGACCAUUCAAGGUGUCGAGUGGUUGACCUUUACUUACACCUCACGCGGCAUGGGCACUCAAUACACUAUUCGCAUUGAUAUCGAUUCAGUCGAUAAUGACGACCUAACGUCAGACUUCAAGGUUACUAACAGCGUUUAUCCCCGUGCAAAUGUACCUCAGGAUGAGUAUGCCGGUAAUAGGUGGCAGUACGAAUCCACCGUCAAUGAGAUUGGUUGGAGGUUGGCUUAUUUGAACUUUGAACUGAUUGCCAAGCGUGGCCUAUUACAGCGCGCUGUCGAUAGCUUUCGAAACCGAUUUCCUGACAUGAAGAGUCGCCGUGUUGCUCGAGUCGAAAAACACGAAACUACCGAAACUGCAAAAGGUGCUCGGCGAGCAUCUCGAGACCCUCCCGUUGUUACAUUACCUAAAAAACCACCUCCAGCUCUAGUCGAAGCUCUACUAGCCCGUCCACCUUCACAACCUCGAAAUUCAACUAAACCUGCUAUAGCAACAGAAGAAAGUGAUUACGAUGAGUCACUUGACCAACCUGCUCGGAAGCGUACUCGCAGAUCCGUCAAGUCUGAAGCUUUACCUUCAUCCCCUGCAUCACAAUCUAAAUCCCAGACCAUCCCUAUAUCUACAUAUUCGUCAAAACUUACAACACCCACUUUAACUACUCUUAUGCUAGAAACAAUUCGGGACAACGCUCCUUGGCGUUUGGAGAUCCGCAUAGAUCAAUCCGUCAUGACAUCUCAACCCUCGGCUCAUUUCAAAGAACAUUAUGCGUUAUAUCGACAUAUUUUACCAAAAAAUUCCAAUACAGCAACAUUGAAGCUUGGUCGGGAAUUGUUGUGCAAUGAUAUUGCUUGGCGACUUGCAUUUUUGAAUCCAGAGAGUUUGGGCCGUUCAAGAUCACUAUUACAACGAGCUGUGGAUAUGUAUUUGGAAUUGUAUGGUGAUGCUCGGUAUCGAUCCCGACCGGCUUUACGUAUGAUACAGGAUUCACCACAAAUAUAAUUGUCUAAUCCGUUUUUAUAUCGAGGUGUUGAGAUUUCUUGUGAAAUGUAAUUGUAAAUAUAUGAUUGAAAGUUGACAAAUCAAAGA